AAGUAGUAAACAAUUCAAUAUUUUCCUUUUCUUUCUUUGAGGGGAAGUCUUACAAAAAUAUUUAUGUAGAAAAAGAUCCAUCCAGGCAAUUCAUUCACAAUUCAUCCCCAAAUUCCAUCUCGCUACCCCUCUGCAAAAUUAGGAAUUAGCAAUUAGGGUUUGAAAUUCGGAAUUGAAAUUGGGGGUUUUUGAUUGGAUUUCUGAAGAAGGAAGAAACCCAAAAAAAAUGGAGUACGACUACAAUUCAAGCAGACACAGAGCAGGCGUUUCACCCUACGAUCCUCACGUACCCAUGUACCAAAAGAUGUCUUCUUCUUCCUCCUCUCAAUCGCCUCAUGUUUCUUCGAUGUACCCUAAGAUCGGUCAACCGGUUAACCCUCCUCCUGCCCGUGCCCCUCCAUUGGCUCCAUAUCACCAUUCUUCUCCUCCUCCGACUUCCUCAGGAACUGGGAUCAGGGUUCAAAUAAAGCCAGAAUAUAGGAUCACUCCUCCUCCUCAAAUGUUUCCACAAAUGGGAGAUAUUCCACGAAGUACAUUCCGUUUUGAUUUUGAUUUAGAGAAGAAGAUACUUGCUGAAGCAGAGAAGGAAAACCAGAAUUGGAGCCGCCUUGCAUCUGAAAAUCUCCCAUCAAGAACACCACAAUCCAUGCCAUCAAUGGCUCCUGGUGCAGAUCCCGUUGUGAGCAAAUAUAUUGCAUCAGGCCUAAACCGAGAAGCUGUUCCUUUGGCUGUUGCGACGUUUGGGGACAACCCUACUAAGGUUCGAGAGUUUGUGAAUGGUUUCACCCUCCUUCGAGAAAUGGGGUUCCCUUCCAACAACGUCGCUGAAGCUCUUCUUAUGCAUGACAAUGACACAGAUAAAGCUUUAGCUCAUUUCCUGAAUAGUUCAUCAUAGAGAGUCUCUUCGCGUCUUGCAAAUUUCUCCCUUAAUAUUGUUGACAAGGGGAUUCUUGUGGUUUUUGGCCAUUUAUACCCUGCUUUUCUGAUGUACAAAGUAGUCUUAACUUGCUGUUGAAUGUUGAUGCAACAUCUCCCAUCUGGCUUAUUGCUCUUGUAAACCAAAAAGGGAUCUUUCUUUUAUCAUGAUAUUGUAUGUGUAUAAAUAUACAUUAUGUCGCUCGA